GAAGAGACAAGCUCCAGCCAUGGUCGGUACCUCCCCAGCGGUGGAGGCGUACAAUGCCAUGAAUUGUUCCCUUUUGCUCUACAUGUGGUUCGAGGACGAUGGUUCACUGUCUUCGCCUCCUUCCUGAUCAUGACCGGGGCUGGUGCCACUUACCUUUUCGGAAUCUACUCCAAACAGAUAAAAGCUUCUCUUGGUUAUGACCAAACCACGCUCAAUCUGAUGGGAUUUUUCAAAGACCUUGGAGCAAACGUUGGGGUUCUCUCCGGUCUCAUUGCUGAAGUUACCCCAACUUGGUUCGUGCUGCUGGUUGGCUCGGCUAUGAAUUUUGCAGGAUACUUCAUGAUAUGGCUUGCCGUCACGGGCAAAAUUGCCAAGCCCAAGGUAUGGCAGAUGUGCAUGUAUAUUUGCAUUGGAGCCAAUUCGCAGAACUUUGCGAAUACCGGAGCUCUUGUCACUUGUGUCAAGAACUUCCCAGAAAGCAGAGGCGUUAUGUUGGGGCUGUUGAAGGGUUUUGUGGGGCUGAGCGGAGCUGUCAUGACCCAACUUUACUUAGCCAUCUAUGGAAACGAUGCCGAAUCUCUUAUUCUUCUCAUCGCAUGGUUUCCGGCAGCGUUAUCCGUUGUGUUCGUGUACACGAUCCGGACGAUGAAGCUUGUUAGGCAACCAAACGAGCUCCGAGUCUUCUAUCAUUUCCUCUAUGUGUCAAUCGUUAUUGCUUUGUUUCUCAUGGUCAUAACUAUACUUGAGAAACAGAUUGUUUUCUCCCGCACUGCCUACGCUGGAUGUUCCACCGUGAUCUGGUUUGCUCUUCGUUCCUUGUUUAUUGCAGUUAGAGAAGAAGUGGCAACCUGGAACCUCAAGAAACUGCCCCCAUCUGAGGUUACUGUCCAAACACCAGAAGCAAUUCAGCCAAAGCAGGUAGAAUCACCACCUAGUUCUGCUUUAAACCAAGAAAAGAAGCAGGAGACCUCUAAUUGCUUCGCAAACAUAUUCAACAAACCAGAAAGGGGAGAAGACUACAGUAUUUUACAAGCCCUAUUGAGCAUGGACAUGCUGAUUCUCUUCCUCGCAACCCUAUGUGGGCUGGGGGCAAGUUUAACAGCUGUGGACAACUUGGGACAGAUUGGGGAGUCUUUGGGAUACCCAACUCGAACAAUAAGCUCUUUUGUAUCACUUGUUAGCAUAUGGAAUUACUUCGGCAGAGUGUUCUCUGGGUUUGUUUCUGAAAGCCUCCUUGUAAGAUACAAAAUUCCCCGUCCACUUAUGAUGACAAUGGUGCUUCUUUUGUCAUGCGCCGGCCACCUUCUAAUCGCCUUUCCGGUCCCCGGCUCUGUCUAUGUAGCAUCAGUCAUCAUAGGGUUCUCCUUUGGGGCGCAGUUGCCUUUGCUUUUUGCAAUAAUUUCCGAGCUCUUUGGCCUCAAAUACUACUCUACGUUGUUCAAUUGUGGACAAAUGGCAAGCCCACUUGGGUCGUAUAUUCUGAAUGUAAGGGUAACUGGGUUGCUUUACGAUAGAGAGGCAUUGAAACAGCUAGCAGUGAAGGGUAUGAAUCGGGCAUCGGUGAAGGAGCUCACUUGCCUUGGUUCUCAGUGUUAUAGGAUGUCUUUCAUUAUUUUGGCAGCUGUUACAUUCUUUGGAGCUCUUAUUUCGUUGAUCUUGGUCGUGAGAACGCGUACAUUUUACAAGGGUGACAUAUAUAAGAAGUUCAGAGAGGUAGCAUUGGUGACCACUACAGGCACUGAUGCCGAUAUCAAUCCAAAAGCUAAAAACUGAUAGAGGGCGGCUGGAAAGCUGAAAAACUGGUUGUAUUUGUGUCGUUUGUUUUGCUGUAAACUAAUACUUCAUGCUUGCUUCCAAA